UACACCAAUAAAGCCCGAACCAGCAACCAAACAAAGCCUAUAGGUCUAUAGGAGCUAACCUUAAACAUCACAUGAACCCCAACCCGCUCGCUUGAAUCCCAUGGUCAUGGCCCUUCCUAAUCUUUGCUCCUUCUCCAACCCAACCGCCACAGCUUCCGCCGCCGCAAUUGCGUCGGCCUCCAACCCGUUAUCGCCUUCCGAUGACCUGUCAAAGAAAAUUCGAAAACCCUACACCAUUACCAAGUCCCGCGAAAGCUGGACCGAACCCGAGCACGAUAAGUUCCUUGAAGCUCUUCAACUGUUUGACCGGGACUGGAAAAAGAUUGAAGCGUUUGUUGGAUCAAAAACUGUUAUUCAGAUACGUAGCCAUGCUCAAAAAUAUUUUCUGAAGGUCCAGAAGAGCGGAACCAAUGAACAUCUACCUCCUCCUCGGCCAAAAAGAAAAGCUGCUCAUCCCUACCCUCAGAAAGCCUCAAAAAGUGCUCCAGCUCUCUCACCGGUGACUGCAUCAUUUCAAGCUUCACUUCCAUUACCGGAUCCUGGAUUUGUAAAAAGGCCUGAUACUUCUUUGUUACAUAGCAAUCCAGUUACUGUUGCAUCUAUGCCAUCAUGGACUGACAACUCUGUGCCACCAGUCAGUUUGUCCCAAAUGAAGAAAGAUAACGUGAGAGAAACAGGUCAACCUGUGGCCAAUACUCAUUGUUGCAGUAGUAAUGAAAGCACUCCAGGAUCAAAAUCAACUGGUGAUGUGAUGGAGCGGACUCAGGGACCUUCAUUGAGAGUUUUGCCUGACUUUGUUCAAGUAUACAACUUCAUCGGCAGCGUAUUCGACCCUGCUGUUACCGGACACUUGCAGAAAUUGAAAAAAAUGGAUCGCAUUGAUGUUGAGACGGUGUUGUUGCUGAUGAGAAACCUCUCCAUCAAUCUUACAAGCCCUGAUUUUGAGCAUCAUAGGCAGCUGCUUUCAUCUUAUGAUAUGGACAUGGAGAAGCAGUGCAAAUCAAGUCAUCGAUUACAACCAACUUGAAAGUGUUGCUCACUUCGGGUACUGCAUAGUAUGGUCUUUGCAUACUGUUCACCAUUUCUCUAUGUUCGAGAGUACUAUCCUCUGAGGAGACCAUAUUGAAAUUAAUGAACCCUAGGGGAUAGGGACGAACGACGAGUGGAGGACCCAUAUAAUAUCUCGAUAAGCCAGUUGUAUUUGUUUGAUAGCAGCUGCUAUUUUCACAUUUCAGAGUUCUGAUCUGUGCAGUUCAUAUUUGUGUACAUACUGUAAGAUAUAAACAGAUAAAAAUUAUGAUGUGGGAACUUAAUAUGUAAAGCUGGGUUUAUGUAAAUUCAAGUUUUGACAGAGUCCAGCCUCUGCAGUAUUAGCAAAUUGUUUAUGCCAAUGUAAAUGAUUCAACAAGCGAGCUUGUUGAUUUUUACCAACA